GGUUCGCUGGCAACCCGCCGCCCACGCCGCCGCCCGAGCCCGCGCAGGAGUACUGGGGCGGAGGCCACGACGACUGGGGCGAGGAGGAGUACGACGCCGACGAGUCGGCUGGGAAGGGCUCCUCCAAGCGCAACAAGAGGAAAGGUGGCAAGGGCGCUGGCAAGGCGGAGGAGAAGCGACGCGACAGCAAGGGCAAGAGCCAGGGCAAGGGCAAGGCCGACGGUUCCGAGACGUGUCAGCCACACUUGAUCAGAGGGGCCCUGGGGUCCCCCAGGCACCCUCGCAUCGAAGAGGAAAGAACGACACAGCGGUCCAGGCAGAUUCCUCGGAUCGGCGCUGCACCCCCCGGGCGGCGCUGUCGGCGCUGACCCUGGCGCUUGGAGCUUGCCAGAGAGGGGGUCCUGCAACGAUCCUAGACAUCCGCGCGGACCUCUGACAGCUUGUACCCAUUCUGAACUUCUGCUCCGAGCUUCCAUUCCGUACUUCCGUUCCGAGCUUCUGUACUUCCGUUCCGAGCUUCCGUUUUGUUUUUAUCCUUCGAUGCAGUGGGCACGCGCAGCAGUCCAUCAGCCGAUCAUGGUUUGCCGGGGAUGCGCUGUGCCUCUCCAUGCUGGAGGGGCGCGCAGCGAAAGCUCAGGGGUUCGCGAGCCCCGAAUCCAUAGAAUUCUGUUUCAUUUUCUUGCGCUCUCUGGUUUUCUUUGGUUUUCUUUGGUUUUCAAUCGAGUCUCUCGGUAUCGGAU